AUUGGCGGAGCGGCGGGUUUCAGCCGCAGCCUGAAUAAAUCGCGCCCCGCUGCAACUGGAGCCCUCUCACUCUUUCACACACCAGGAGGGUCUAGGGGACGUGCGAGGGAUUCACUGACUGUCCAGGAUGAAGAUUGCUGUAAUUGGCCAGAGCCUUUUUGGACAAGAGGUGUACAAAGAGCUGAAGAAAGAUGGUCACGUUAUCGUUGGCGUGUUCACCAUACCUGACAAAGAUGGCAAAGCCGACCCACUAGGUACUGAAGCAGAGAAGGACGGUGUGCCGGUGUUUAAGUUUCCGCGCUGGCGGCUGAAGGGAAAGGCCAUUGAUGAGGUGGUGGAGCAGUAUAAGGCAGUGGGUGCUGAGCUCAACGUUCUGCCCUUCUGCUCUCAGUUCAUCCCUAUGGAGGUGAUAGACCACCCACGUCAUGGGUCCAUCAUCUACCACCCCUCACUGCUGCCUCGCCACAGAGGGGCCUCUGCCAUCAACUGGACUCUCAUGCAUGGUGACAAAAAGGGUGGAUUCACUGUGUUUUGGGCAGAUGAUGGACUUGACACUGGACCCAUCCUGUUGCAGAAAGAGUGUGAUGUGGAACCUGAUGACACAGUGAACACCAUCUAUAAGCGCUUCUUGUUUCCAGAAGGAGUCAAAGGCAUGGUUGAGGCAGUCAGGUUGAUUGAAGCAGGUAAAGCUCCCAAAAUCAAGCAGCCAGAGGAGGGAGCCACAUAUGAGGGCAUUCAGAAAAAGGACAAUGCAAAGAUUGACUGGAAUCAGCCUGCUGAGGCCAUCCAUAACUGGAUCAGAGGAAACGAUAAAGUUCCUGGAGCCUGGGCAGAGGUUGAUGGAAAGAAUGUGACAUUCUAUGGUUCUACGUUGGUGGAUAAUGGUUCCACCACUGGUCAGCCUCUGGAGAUCCCCGGGGCAAGUCGGCCAGGCCUGGUCACCAGGAAUGGCCUGAUUCUGUUCGGCAACGAUGGCAAGACGUUGUUGGUGAAGAACCUGCAGUUCGAGGAUGGGAAGAUGAUUGCAGCUGCUCAGUAUUUUAAGGCCGGCUCCAGCACUGCAGUGGAGCUGACGGAGGAGGAGAAGAGCUUUUCUGAGCAGAUGAGGGUGGUGUGGAAGAGUAUUUUGACUAAUGUAGAGAAAGUUGAUGACUCUACUGACUUCUUUAAGUCUGGAGCUGCCUCGAUGGAUGUUGUCAGGCUGGUGGAGGAGGUGAAGUUGAGGGCCAGUCAGCUGCAGCUGCAGAAUGAGGAUGUGUACAUGGCGACAACGUUUCAGGGGUUCAUCCAGAUGUGCGUGAGAAAGCUGAGAGGGGAGGACGCUGAGGAAGAGCUCAUCGUCGACUAUGUGGAGAUGAAUGUGAACAAUAUGACCAUCCGAAUGCCCCACCAGCUCUUUAUAAAUGGAGAGUUUGUGGAUGCUGAGGGAGGAAAGACCUACAAGACCAUUAACCCCACCAAUGGAGAGUCGAUUUGUGAUGUAUCUCUAGCUCAGAUCUCAGAUGUGGAGAAGGCUGUGGCAGCAGCUAAAGAGGCUUUUGAGGAAGGCGAGUGGGGCAAGAUGAACCCGAGAGAUAAAGGCAGACUUAUCUACAAGCUGGCAGAUCUAAUGGAGCAGCACCAGGAAGAACUGGCCACUAUUGAGGCCAUAGACUCAGGAGCCGUCUACACGCUGGCCCUCAAAACCCACGUUGGCAUGUCCAUUCAGACAUUCAGAUACUUUGCUGGCUGGUGUGACAAGAUACAGGGUUGUACCAUCCCAAUCAAUCAAGCUCGCCCCAAUCAUAACCUCACCUUUACUAAGAAGGAGCCAAUCGGUGUGUGUGCCAUUGUGAUUCCCUGGAAUUAUCCUCUGAUGAUGUUGGCAUGGAAAACUGCGGCCUGCCUGGCAGCUGGCAACACUGUGGUGCUGAAACCUGCACAGGUGACCCCUUUGACUGCACUGAAGUUUGCUGAGUUGACUGCGAGGGCAGGGUUCCCUAAAGGAGUGAUCAAUAUUCUGCCUGGAUCAGGCUCUCUGGUUGGCCAGCGGCUGUCGGACCACCCUGACGUGCGUAAACUGGGCUUCACUGGCUCCACUGAGAUUGGCAAACAGAUUAUGAAAAGCUGCGCAGUCAGUAAUGUGAAGAAGGUCUCUCUGGAGCUGGGUGGUAAAUCCCCCCUCAUCAUCUUCAGUGACUGUGACUUGGACAAAGCAGUCAGAAUGGGGAUGAGUUCAGUGUUCUUCAACAAAGGCGAGAACUGCAUCGCUGCAGGCAGACUGUUCGUAGAAGAAUCCCUGCAUGACACUUUUGUCCACAGAGUGGUUGAAGAGGUGAAGAAGAUGAAGAUAGGUGACCCACUGGACCGCUCCACAGACCAUGGACCCCAGAACCACAAAGCCCACAUGGACAAACUGGUGGAGUACUGUGAAAAAGGGGUCAAAGAGGGUGCCAAGCUUGUGUGUGGAGGGAAACGAGUCAGCCGCCCAGGUUUUUUCUUUGAGCCCACUGUGUUCACCAAUGUGCAGGACCACAUGUUCAUCGCUAUUGAGGAGUCAUUUGGUCCUGUCAUGAUCAUCUCCAAAUUUAAGGAUGGUGAUGUAGAUGGAGUGCUGCGGAGGGCUAAUGCUACAGAGUAUGGUCUGGCCUCAGGAGUUUUCACGCGGGACAUCAGUAAGGCUCUGUACGUUAGUGAGAGACUUCAGGCUGGAACAGUGUUUGUCAACACUUACAACAAAACUGACGUCGCUGCACCCUUUGGCGGCUUCAAGCAGUCCGGCUUCGGCAAAGAUCUGGGUCAAGAGGCUCUCAAUGAGUAUCUGAAGACUAAAGCUGUGACAAUCGAGUACUAAACUUCCUAGAUGAAGCUUCAGUAAACUGUGACAGUGAACAUAAAUAUCUUAGAGGAUGAAGGGAAUUUCACUGUUCUAAUCUGUCUGAACACUACUGACACAGAGACCUAAUGAUGAAAUGUGACUACUUACCUGCUCAAAUGCUGUAGCACAAUCUUCAGGUGAAUCACACUGUAGCAUGUAUUUCACUGCACCUCAAUUUUAAUGGAGCCUUUUAUUACCCUUCUAGUAUUUGUAUUUUUGACACAUUUUAAUGCUUUUAGCCAUGGUUUCAUUUUGUAAUUUAGUAUUCUAUACCAAAGACUGAAGAAAGCAGAGGUAUAAAAAAAGGUAUAUUGCAUACAUUGAAAUCAAUGUUCAAUAGAUCGUAUGACCACUGUCAUUUUUAGUGCAGUAAUGUAUUUCAGUCAUGUGCCACAAAAAAGAGAAUAAAUUCAGUCUACUAUA